UAGUGGUUGUAGUGUCGCGAGAACAUCGCCUCUAUACUUGUAUGGCGAGACAACUUUCAGGGCAGCUGUGAUAGCGAGAAGAUGGAUACACAUACCAAGAGUGGCCCCAACCAGUUGUGAGAAAUUCAGCAAUCUCAGAACAGGCAGAUGGCUGUUGACCUUCCCCGCUCUCUCCUGCUGUGCUGGCUGCUCACGUGGAAACCAACAGCGGUUUCUGGCAGCGAUUGCACUGAACCUUUUCCCGUUGCCAAUGCGUACCGGAAGUGGGAGGGCGGAGCUGACACUACGUGGGCGAACUACACAUGUCUAGCAGGCUACGAUCUCACUGGAGGAAACUUACACCGACAGUGCCAAGGGGGAACCUACUCGGGGAAUGCGCCCACUUGCCUGUUGAACUGCGGGCCACCAUUGAACUACACGCAUUCAAAAGCAAACAGCGCGAACUCGUUGUCGGGCGUGUAUGUCAGCUACACGUGCUUGGGGACAACCAAUCAAACCGCACCUAUAAACCGGCUAUACUGCGACCCCGCUAUAGGGCGGUGGGAGAGCCCCGUCUACUGCGCAGAGAAGGAAACAAUAGUAGACAGUAUACAAUAUCUCCUUCCAUCGACGGGAAAUAGCAUCAGCUCCGACUCGACAGCUGGCAGUGAUACAACAUCCUCCGAUGACGCCACCAACCACAUAAGCGUCACGACCAACAACGUCAUCAUGACAACCAGUGACGCAGCGACUAUCGCUUAUAACGCACCGUCGUCCGUGGACCUGACGGGCAGCAAUGACGUUGCCAUGGCUUCCACAGCGGGCGCUUUGGCACCCACGGUCGUUGUUUCUCAGCACAGCACCCUCUCCUCUGUAGGGACACUCCACACGGAUUCUCCUCACACUGUUUCAACAGAAGUGAAUGAUGGCAGCUCUAGUCAUGUCAGGUCUGUUUAUGACACCCUUAGUGACGUCAGUUCUGUUUAUUCUUCGUUCAUUGACUUCAGUUCUGUUUAUUCUUUGUCUAAUGAGGUCAGUCCUGUUUAUUCACUGUGGAGUGGUACCAGCUCUGUUUAUUCCUCGUCAAGUGAUCCCAGUUCUGAUGUUUCCUCCUCAAGUGAUUCCAAUUCUGUUUAUUCCUCGUCAAGUGAUCCCAGUCCUGAUGUUUCCUCCUCAAGUGAUUCCAAUUCUGUUUAUUCCUCGUCCAGUGAUUCCACUUCUUUUUCUCCCCCGUCUACUGACUUCAGUUCUGUUUAUUCCUUGUCAAGUGACCCCAGUUCUGUUUAUUCCGCGUCUAAUGACAACAAUUACAAUUCUGACUUCUUCCCUUCGAGUGUCCAUACUUCAAGUGACCUCAGUUCUCUUAAUCCCGAUUCAAGUGACGUUAACUCUGUAUAUUCCACUUCUGGUGAAGUCAGCGAUGUUUAUCUUUCAUCUAGUGACUCUUACUCUGUCCAUCUCACAUCACGCGACUCAAGUUCUUUCCCAGAGAGCACAAGCACCCCUUCCACCGAACACCUGUCGCUACAACCCUCAAUGACGGAUAUCGCAAUACCCAUGACGUCAUUGACGACAGAUAUCAAUUCGACGCCCUCGAACCUGCUCACAGUAGACAGUAGUACCGGAAUACACACCAACGUCAACGUCUCGUCAGCGUCAACGCUCGGCGUGUCCAUCAGCUCCGAAACGUGCCAGAGACAGAAUCGACUUGUUGUCAGUCUCGAUGGCGGCCCGUAUGAGAUUCUCCAAGUCGCCAUCAUACGACCCUCAGAGGAAGAUCUGUAUAACUUCCGCUUGGAAGUACAUAGCCCAAAGCAGACUUGCGAUACAGCUUCUCGACUCCCUUGGGAGAAUCGUACACUUGUCGAUUGCACAGCAGAGAGAUUGUUUCCUAUUGGAAAAAGUUUGAUCAUACGGGGUUCGACCCCUGACGUAGGAACAAUCAAGAUAUGCGAUGUUCAAGUGUAUGGCCGAAUACCAUCAGUGGACUGUGGCGUUCCCAGGCCGUUCCCGGGGAGGCGUGUGGUGUUCACGACAGCGUCUCUCUACAGUACCGCCAUCUACUAUUGCGACCACGGCUACCACUAUAGAGGCGGGCAACAGCAGGUCCAGUGCAAGGUGACAGGUUACUGGGAGUCAUAUGGACUCUCCUGCUCAGACAAGGAGAAGAUUGACCCGACUGUAACAACAGUAACCGCUGCGUCGGAGUGGACUGACAACGACGUCGGAACAUGUUCCCCCGUAAAUGGGACUACGAUCGAUCUCUCGUUGGAACUUGGUGGGAAAUACGAGAUCAAAAUGGUGACCAUCACCACCCAAGCCUCCGCUGCGUCUCUGACUAUGGUCAUCAGCAGGGACGGCUUGAACAAGACCUGCACCGUGUCAAGCCCGCCCGACUACGUCCACCAGACAGGGGAGAUAACUGUGGCUAUAGGCUGCAGCACUGCUCCUGUUGGUGACCAUCUGGAUCUGGCCAUCACUGGACUCACUGGAGGCCUGUGUGAGGUGAAAGUAUUCGGGAGACUUCACACGGGUGAGGGCGUGGAAUGCCGACAGUCCUCCAAGGGUCAGGAGUUCAAGGGAAGUGUCAACAUGACUGUCAACGGUCGUCCAUGUCUGCCCUGGGUCACGGCCGCCUCGCUUCAACUGGAAGAUUUCCCGGAUAUGACGUGGGAGGAAGCGGCCAACAACUGCCGCAACCCGAACGGUCAGAAAAGUCCAUGGUGCUAUAUUGACCUGUCGAAAAACUGGGAGGAAUGUCCAGUCGUCCAUUGUGACACGAUCUGCCGACUUUACGCGGAUGGAUCAACGUACUCCGGAAGUGUCGACACGACGGAAGAUGGUAGUCCUUGUAUUGGCUGGAACAAAGAUAGCGUCCCCUUCAAGAGGACGGCGAUGUACCCCGGAGGGCAAGCUGGUCAGGACAGCUGCCGCAACCCCAUAUCGUCGAUGACGCGACCAUGGUGCUACACCAACACCAAUACCCAGACAUAUGGCUACUGCAACAUCCCUGGCUGUCCGAAGGCGAGUGAGUACGUGACAGAAUACCACCUCCUCGACCACCACGGAGUCCUUCUGGAUUUGAACAAAUCUAACUUUACGGAAUGUUUCCAUUGGAUAAAGAAGCAAAACUCGGCUCAACGAUUACCGAAGGGCAGCGACCUUGAGAGUCACGUUAUAGAAUCGUGUGGCAAAACCUACAGUACUAAUAUGACGAUGAUGUGCUCCGUACCAACUGAUAACGGUACAAGAUGGGUCUACUCAAUAUUAGAGUGUGUUAACUGCGGCCAUCCUUCCAAGCCUCCAGGAAUGGUAGUCAGCUAUGUUUCCACCUACUUCCCCGCCGUUGCCACCUACUCCUGCGCCUCGGGAUACGUCCGAGACAGCGGCACCGGCAACUUCUCCUGCCUGGGGACGGGGCAUUGGGAUAACGCCACCCUCUUUUGUAUCGUUGACUGCGGGCCUCCUGACAAAGUAAUUGGUGCCAGCCUAGAGUACAACCAAACGGUCCUGGACAGCACUGCCUACCACCACUGUCUCGUGACAAACGAGACCACAAACGUGACCUGUACAUCCUCGGGCAACUGGGGAUCCCCCGUAUGGCUUGCCGAUUGUUUGGUUGACUGUGGCCUACCCCAAAACGAGACCAACAUGAACGUCUCGUAUACGUCAACACUGAGCGGCAGCACCGCAGUGUACGACUGCAUUGACAGAUAUGUAGCGACAUCGGGCUCUGGGGACGCGGCAUGUCGACACGCCACAGCAACAUGGACUAAACCCACCCUUAUUUGUAAAAUUGACUGCGGCAGCCCGGCUACACAGACCAACAUGAAUGUGACUUAUACCUCGACGGUGAGCGGAAGCACUGCCGUGUACGCAUGUAUUGAUGGCUACGCCACUGCAAGCGGCUCAGGGAACGUUAUUUGCCAGGACAGUGGCCACUGGACAAGUACCACUCUGAACUGUGUUGAAAUGAGCGAUACGUCAUCAGUCCCACUUCUGACUGCAACUUCUGAUGCAGGAACAUCGUCAUCAUCUUUAUCCCCUUCCCCCUCUGUAUAUUCAUCUCCUUCGUCAUCUGUACUGUCACCAAAUACAGCCGUCGUACCAUCACCAACAUCUUCAUCUUCACUGUCAUUGCUGAUUUCAUCUUACUCUUCUUCUCCAUCUUCAUCUUCUUCAUAUUCUCCAUUAUCACCCCUCCCCUCCUCCUCAGCAUCUGAAGUAGCAGCAUCACCGUUCUCAUCCUCUCCAUAUUUACUAUCAUCGUCAUCAUCCUCACCAACAUCAUACUCAUCUUCUAUUUCGUCUCAACUUUCAACCUCAGAAGCAUCGACCCCUCUGUACCCCUCAUCAUCAGGCUCGUCAUCUAGCAGCAUCAGUCCUUCCUCCACAUCACGAGUGAUAACGUCCACCUGCCUACCAUUGUGUUUCUGUGGUGCCAACAACCUGGAUUCCUUGCAAUUAGAGGAAAUUAAAAAAAGCAUCAGAGCACAGCUUUUAUUGGACAAGAACACACUUUCAAAAGAGAGGCGGAAGUUAGUAAGUGCGUCGGACGUCAGACCGUCCUCUCAGGCGAUUGGUCACUCUGCUUGGAUCCUGUUGGUCAUUUUGUUUGGCGUGCUAUUCUUUAACGACAUGAUAAGCCUGGUGAGGGGCGUGGUCCGAAUUGUACGCAGGGUCAAAAGGGGAAAGUUCGCAGCACGGUUUUAGGCAUAUCACGCCUUAUGCCGUUGUUUUGUUGGUUUCUUCUUCUCACAAAUUGUUGCAAGACCAUUCCACCUCUGUGUGUCUUUGAAUCCGUCAGUCUAAUGUCACCAUAGAUCUGUCACACCCGUGUUGUCUUUGAUCUGACUGUCCGAGUGGUGACGAGUUGGGCAGAGUGGUGACGAGUUGGGUAGAGUGGUGACGAGUUGGGUAGAGUGGUGACGAGUUGGGUAGAGUGGUGACGAGUUGGGUAGAGAGGUGACGAGUUGGGUAGAGAGGUGUCCCUGAUCCUGCGGCACACCCUGCGAACUGCAACAACCCCGCCGUCAUGCACGUGAUGCAGCGGGUAUGAGGUAGCCACAUCACGCUGUCCACCCAUCAUCCUGGCACAGGGCCAUCAGUGAAGACCAUUUACAUAAUCAGAGAGCUUCUGUUAUAUGACAGACAGAAACCAGAAGCAACCACUUGUUAGCAUCUCCACAGGGUCCAUAUGCCCAAUAAAUGUUCAGUGCUUUACCUAUAGCAGCGAUUUGAAAGGUUGACGUGAUAGAUGUAACAUAAUAAAUCUUAUACGAGUACCAACGGAUAGAUUUCUAGUGACUAUCGAAGUAUAGUAGUUACCACAUUUCAUCAUCCAAACUGGCUUCCACAGGAGAUAUGGCUUGAAUGAGAUCAAACAAUAUCUGCUAGAAGAUAUCGCUUUGCAGACCAUUGCGAUGUCAUCGGUUACUUUGACGUUACAAUCAAAUGACAUCAGUAAUCGCUGUCACUGAAGCUGGUUAGGGCGCGUCAUAAGCCUCAAAUCGUAUUUUGUAAGCUAAUUAAUCGCUCAUCGAAGGGUCUGCAAUAGUUCGAAGCGCUUGCGCACUCUUCCAAGAUGGCGGUGCAACUACCGCUUGGUUGCCUUGCCCUAAUGAAGAACGUUAUAGAAGAGGCUCGAUGAACUGAUGAAAUUUAUGUUUUCUUUGAUGACGUGGAGCAGACUGAGGAUGCCGAGGUGUUAGCUGCCUUUGCUCAUUUCCCCCUUGUUCUGCUGUCAAACUCAGCCGCCAUAUUGGAAUGAGAACGAAGCGACCUCGGCCAGCGAUUGAUACGAUUGCAAGCGGCUGAAAGUUAGCGCCCUGUUGAAAGGCGAAUGCACCCAACUGUACGUCUUACACACAGGACACUUCUUAUUACUGUUUUCAAGCUGAAAAAGGAUGGAUGUUGGAUGAUAAACAGAAUCUCACCCUCGUGUUUUUUGAUACCAAACAUAUUGACACUUGUUGAUAAAAGUUAACAACUCCUCGACAAGCCUCAGAGUUUUAAGUUUUUAAUAGACUCGUGUUGAAAUAUUUGAUAUCAAAAUAUACUCAGGAUAGGUUCUCUUUGGCUGGCUGACACAUGUUCGUAUCGUUCUCUUUAGUUCAAAGAGUUCUCGUAUUUUGGAGACGUGUUCCAACCUGCCAGAUAACCGAUAUCCGGGGACAUUCUAGCCUAGUGAUAACCGAUAACCGUGGACAUUCUGGCCUAGUGAUAAUCGAUAACCGUGGACAUUCUGGCCUUGUGAUAACCGAUAUCCAUGGACAUUCUGGCCUUGUGAUAAUCGAUAUCCGUGGACAUUCUGACCUUGUGAUAACCGAUAUCCGUGGACAUUCUGGCCUUGUGAUAACCGAUAUCCGUGGACAUUCUGGCCUUGUGAUAACCGAUAUCCGUGGACAUUCUGGCCUUGUGAUAACCGAUAUCCGUGGACAUUCUGGCCUUGUGAUAACCGAUAUCCGUGGACAUUCUGGCCUUGUGAUAACCGAUAUCCGUGGACAUUCUGGCCUUGUGAUAACCGAUAUCCGUGGACAUUCUGGCCUUGUGAUAACCGAUAUCCGUGGACAUUCCGACCUCGUGAUAUCGGACUUUAGUGUAUAAACCGUUCAAGAAUAUUUUGACUAAUUGCGUUUUGAGGUUUAUAAUUCACAUUUUUAAAUUUAUUAUUAUGAAUUUAUUUACAUGUGUUAUUAAAGUUAUUAUCAUCUGAAAGUUAUAUUGACAUGUUUAAAAUCACAGAACGAAGACGUCAUGAGUCGGCACGUUUGUAUUCAUACAACAGCGAAACAAAAUUUGUUUCCACAAAUUGUUAUCUAGAUUAAUUUAGUCGCACAUAUAAUUAUAUGAUGCCAUAUCUUCACAUUACAAGGUUGUUUGACGUGAAAUAUUCACGUUGAUCAAAUGACUAGAUGUUGUCAACACUGCCGUUGCGAGAAGGGUCAUUUAUUCAGAUAUAUUUUCAUCGGCACGAAUCCGUGCUACGGAUGUUGUACAUAAUACAUGUAUUUUCCUACAAAGAAAUCUGUGAUAAUGUCUGAUAAUGAUUAUAAUAAUCUGUACUUCUUGGGCAGAGUAGAUGAUGUUUUAUUCAUUGUGUUUUAGAAGGUUUGUUGGGUUUGCUGCCUUCCAGGGGCCACUUGCACAAAGCGAUCUUAGCGCUACGACUAUUGUAAGCCUAUGUUAAAGUA